AUGUUGGGGAUAACUUCAGCUUUGUUGUGUGUGACAGCGGGGAGGGCAGCACUUGUGGCAAGUGAGCUGCAAAAACUUGUCCCGGUUCUUCUUCCGCUGCUCGAUCCACCCAUCGCGAAGGGGGUGAAUGUGUCCGCGGCACAACUCAUUGUGGCCAGCGGCCACACUUCCAGAAGAAACGAUGUGCAUUUGCCUGACUGCCCCGUGAUGGCGCACGCGCUUCCACUUACUGCGCUGGCGGAACACAGUGCCUUUCUGAGGCAUCCUUGUCGGGCGUGUCUCAAACGGCGCGUCCAUUUUCUUUCGAGCGAGCACUUCUGCAUGCAUCUUGAGGAAAAGUGUUCACAGGGUGGUGGGGGUAUGCCAGCGGAGUGGGAAAGCAUUGCUGCAGGGCAGUUUGGGUUGUUUACGCAUUUUACGGAUGAAUUUGUGAUGUACGCAACGAGCCGGCGGGAGCCCGGAUGGACGUGGCUGGUGUACGACAAGGAACGGCCUGAGGGUCACCGUCUUGUGGUGGUAAACUUUCCGGCCAACCGUGUGCCGCUGGUGCUUGGGCUUUGGCCGCUGGCUGUUAUUAACAUGACUGAGAGCAGGCUACUGUCAGCGAUUGGGGCGAGGACAAAAACGAGUGCUGCAGAGUCCUCCCCGGCGCCGUGGUCUCGUGCGGCCCGCAACCCACUUGUUGCAGAAGCAUCAACCGCAACUGUGGCAGCGAUGGCUGCCGCGGUUACCGACACGGUCGACGGCCUAGAUGGGAGUCUUUCUUCGAUCCGUGCUCAGGUUGCCCAGGAGGCCGUGCUAAAGAUGAACUGGGGUUUUGUCCUGCAGCAAUGGAAACAAGCAGAGAGUUACUACGAGUCGGCCGAGCGGGAGAGGAAAGUCCAAGCUCAGCGUACAAAGAUGGAGCGAGAGGCGGCUCUGGCAGAGAUGAGUAAAUUACGCGACAGUGGCGCCACCAUUCUUACGUCGGACACAGUUGAAAUUACGGUAGCAGGCAGCGAUGCAGUCCCUGAAAAGGCAUCUCGGGAUUUAAAGGCAUCCACGCAGACAACAAAAGAACCUAGGAAAGAGGAAGAGGAAACGGCCGGUGUUGGCACAGCCAAUCAAGAUCCCCACUGUACACAGCUAGAGGACGGCACAUGGCAAUAUGCGUAUAAAAAUGGUGAUUUGACACUACUGCGGCCCGAUGGGACCAGAGUAUUCAAGAAGAGUGAUCUAACCACCACAGUGUUUGCGGAUGGCAGUACGCUUUAUGAGUACCCGAACAAGACUUCCAUCCUCGACCGCGUGGAUGGUGUGCGCGUGACGACCUUUGCGGACGGCACGACGAAAGAAGGGCGGUACAAGUGA